AUGGGGAAGGACCGGUUCGCUGAGAACCCGUACCCGGACCUGGAGAUCUCGGAGGAAGAGAAGCACCAGCUCAUCGACCUCGUGAACCAGUUCGUGGAGGGCCAUUUCCAGGAGUACGAGGACUACGUCGUGGUAGACAACCGGCGGGUGAAUGAGCGUCGCUGGAACCACUUCAAGUCGAAAGCCGACCUCCAUGUGUACGAAGACCGCAGCAGCCAGAAGAGCAGGAAGACUAUGGAGUCGUGGGACCCAGCGGCCGCCCAGGACAAUGCAGCGUCCGUCACGAAGGACAUGCCGGUGAUGUUGCGCGUUGGGACGGUGGUGGGCCACCUGGACGACCUCAUGUUCGGCGUGGUGAACCCGACGCUGGACGUCAUGCGCGUGAAAGCCUCGUACGUCCACGACCUCGACGGUGGAGCCAUUCUGUGUCCGGUAGUGGAGCCUACCGAGGAGGAGCCGUUCCGUUCGCUUAUCAUCAAGUGGAUGACGAUCGAUGCUCCGCUUCAGUCGACGAGUCUGGUCAAGGUUCGGGACUUCGUGUACAUCGAGGCCACUGGCAUUCUACACUUCACAAACGGGGAUCGUGUCGGCUACCAGUUGCUUCACUCCAUCGAGUUCCCGCAGACACAGCCACGGCCUAACGUCAUCCGCGCGAAUCUCUCCUACUUCAGCUUCUACCGGCAGAUUGAGGAGAACGUAGUGGACGUGUUUGGAACGAGUACAGUGGCGCCAGGAGGCGACGUCGUGCGCUUCAUAUCGGUCCGAGUGGCUACAGAGGCUCUGCUCUCAGCGACCGACCUCGUGUUCUGCGGCCAGAUGAAGAAGAUGUCGUGGAUGAUGCAGCACCAACACUCGAUGGAUCGACAGACCCAGCACAAUGAGAACUGUGUCAUGUGCAACAAGAGCACAACGUCGGGGAUCAAGGGCAGACUCGGCAAGAGCACGUGCAAGUUGUGCUACGGCUGCGUGUGCUACCUCUGCAAGAUCCGAAGACGCAUUACGUUUAUCGCUAUCGACGGCAAGUUAAUCCAACGGAAAGUCACAUUCUGCUCCAAGUGUAUCAGCACAGCUACGCUCUGUGACGCCAAGACGGCGGCGAUAGACCAAGCCACGGGCUACAGAGCUUACAAAGCCUUUUCGACGUCCUCCCAUUCGGAUACAACAGAAAUGUCUGGGUUCGAUUGA